AUGGCACCCUCCUUUCUCGUUGUUGGCGCAACAGGCAACACUGGACGCGGUGUCGUAGAGACCCUCUCAAACCUCCUCCAAGCCAGCCAGACAUUCUCGAGUUAUCGCAUUCUCGCCCAGACACGUUCUGCGAACAGCUCCACAGCAAAAGAGCUCGCCAAGUAUCCUCGUGUCGAGAUCAUCGAAUACAACUGGACCGAGAUCACUGCCCAGUGGCUGCGCGACCAUGAGGUAGCCAGAGCCUUCAUAGCCUCGCACAACCAGCCCAACCAGUUCGCCGAGGAAUCAACAUUCCACAUAGCAGCCCUUCGAGCCGGAGUCAAGUACGUAGUGCGCAUCUCCACGACCGCGGCAAACGUCCGUCCAGAUUGCGAUGCGUACUACCCACGCACCCACUGGGCUAUCGAAACCAUGCUUGAAUCGCCACCUUUUGUAAACUUGCACUGGACGUCUCUGCAGCCUAAUGUGUUCUCGACUUUCUGGCUCGGCAAUGCUGCGGAAAUGAUCAAGAAGGUCCAAAGUGGAGGGAAGCAGGACACGCUCCGACUGCUUGCAAGCAGGUACGCACCAAUUGGCAUCAUCGAUCCCCAGGACGUCAGUGUUGUUGCAGCGAAGCUCUUGCUCCAGCAGGACACGACCGUGCACAACAAAGCUAAGUACGUGCUCAACGGCCCCGAGGAUAUCACAGGCGAUCAGAUUGUGGCGAUGGUGGAAGAGCGCAUUGGAGCGAAGGUCGAAGAUGUCAAGUUCAAAGAUUCGACUUUUCUGGAUGAUAUGGUUGCGGCGUCUUCAGAGUCGAAGAACGUCAUUGAGUCGAUUAGGCAUGCUGCUGAGGUAGCGUGGGCGGGACUGUGUAAGGCUGAGACGACAAGUAAGGAGAUCCUUGAGUUGACGGCGCCGAAGAAGACACCUGCCGAGGUUCUGGAGAUGUUGCUGCGAUGA